UCAAUGAGUACAGGACUUGUUAAACCUAAAAAACUUAAACUUACAGAUUAUGAAGUCUUUCAAACCUUGGGUACUGGUAAUAAAUAAUUGAAAUGUUGAAUUUUAGGUUCAUUUGGAAGAGUGAAACUGGCAAGGAAUAAAUAAACUAAUAAAUAUGUGGCCUUGAAAAGUCUAAAAAAGGCAGAGAUUAUAAGACUCAAACAAGUUGAUCAUGUCAUUAAUGAAAACACAAUAUUAGGAAAUUUAUAGCAUCCAUUUAUUGUAAAAAUCUAUUAUCAUUCUUAGGUAACUUUUGAAGGCUUCUGUUAAGAUCCAAGAUAUCUCUAUUUAGUUUUAGAAUUCGUUUCUGGAGGAGAAUUAUUCACUUAUUUAAGAAGCAUUGGAAGACUCGAUACUUAACAUGCAGCGUAAUAUUAUAAGCUAAUCUUAGCUUUUAUGGUGCUUAAGUUGCCUCCAUUUUUGAGUAUCUGCAUUCUAAGAAUAUUAUCUAUAGAGAUCUUAAACCAGAAAACUUAUUGAUUGCAGAUGAUGGAUAUCUCAAAUUAACAGAUUUCGGUUUUGCAAAAGUUGUAGAAGGAAGAACUUACACAUUAUGUGGAACUCCAGAAUACUUAGCUCCUGAAAUCUUAUUGAAUAAAGGACAUGGUAAAGCUGUUGAUUGGUGGACUUUGGGAAUUUUAAUUUAUGAAAUGAAUGCAGGAAUUGAUCCAUUCUCUGAUGAAGAUCCAAUGGCAAUUUAUCAAAAGAUAUUGAAGGGCAAAGUCAAAUUCCCAAAAAGCUUUGAUAAGUAAUUACAAUGUAUUAUACAAAAAGGAAUGGCAAAUCUUUAGUCAAACAUUUACUUGUGGCCGAUCUUUCUAAAAGAUAUGGAAAUUUAAAAAAUGGUAAUACACUCAUAUCUAAUCUAAGGCGCUGCUGAUGUCAAAAAUCAUAGAUGGUUUGCAAGUCUAGAUUGGAAUCUCCUUACUCAAAAGAAAUUACCUGUUCCCUAUAAACCAGUUGUGAAGUAAAUAAUUUAUUCUUACCUUUUUUAUUAGAGCUCCAAAUGAUACAUCUAAUUUUUCAUCCUAUCCUGAAUCAGAUACCCAAAGUCCUGCUCUUAAACCAGCAGACGAUCCCUUCUUAGAAUGGUGAUU